AUGUUCCACGGCCAGGACAGCAAAACGACCCUCGCCGCCUUCCAAUCUGCACGGAAAAGGCCCGUGACAGUGGCGUUCCCCGAACAACUCAAGAUGCUGUUCAAUCGGGUGACGGCGGCCCAUCGAGGCGGCCGCGAGCCCAGCAGCAGGGCGGAUCCUCGGCCUGGCAGUCCACUCCCGCCGCAACAUCACCGCGGCCGGAUGGCCAGAAGACCCUUUCGUGCCGUGCUGGGCAGCAUCGAGGAGGAGCUAGAGACUGCAUUGUUAUAG